CUCCCCUAAUUGCCGUCCCCAUCAUCUGAGGUUGGGGGCAGUUCCCUCUCGCGCUGCAACUCCACCCUCUGCUUGGCCCCCUUUUGCCCUUUCUUCUUCCCCUCUCCCAAAUGCACUCGGCUCUGCAGCCUCCCACCAGUUGUCACACCCCCUUGGCCCCAGCUUCCUUGCCUCAGGAGAAACCAGGUUCCAUGGAGACUGAUCCUGGGAUCUCCAAGCACGCUGUGUCUGUCAUGGUGGGUGUUCAUGGUGGGGUGUUCUGGACCAACCUUGCCUGGGUACAUGGAGGUAGUGACAGCAGAAUUGUUUACGGCCUGAACUGGAGGGCUCCCUGUAGGAGGUGGCCUGGGGAAGAGUGUGACGUGGAGACAGUGAAACUGCCUGCACAGAUGUUGAGAAGACUGAAGCCCUUGAAAUGAGGGUGCAGUGUGGGGGUUGGGGGUUGGGGAUGUUGGUGACUUCAGAGAUGCUGUAGUCAAGGGACAGGCUGAUGGUAGCCUGGGCUGCCUGUUUCCAGACCAGAGCUCCACGGUGGCACCAAGCAGUCUUCCCUUCCCUGCGGUUCCUGGGCCCCAUGGGGCAUGGAUGAGUCUUCUUCUUGGGGCCCUGGGCAGGAGGCAGGAGGAGGAUUCGGGGGCUGGGCCCGGGAGGUGCUGGUCCCCGAGGGGCCCCUGUACCGCGUGGCUGGCACGGCUGUCUCCAUCUCCUGCAAUGUGAGUGGCUACGAGGGCCCUGCCCAGCAGGACUUCGAGUGGUUCCUGUACAGGCCUGAGGCCCCAGAGGCUGCACUGGGCAUCGUCAGCACCAGGGAUACGCGGUUCUCCUACGCUGUCUUCGGGCCCCGAGUGGCGGCUGGCGAGGUGCAGGUGCAGCGCUUACAGGGUGAUGCCGUGGUGCUCAAGAUCGCCCGCCUGCAGGCCCAGGAUGCUGGCGUUUACGAGUGCUACACCCCGUCCACUGAUGCCCGCUACCUGGGCAGCUACAGCGGCAAGGUGGAGCUGAGAGUUCUUCCAGAUGUGCUGCAGGUGUCCGCUGCCCCCCCUGGGCCCCGAGGCCGCCAGGCCCCGACCUCGCCCCCACGCCUGACGGUGCACGAGGGGCAGGAGCUGGCUCUGGGCUGCCUGGCGCGGACGAGCACGCAGAAACACACACACCUGGCGGUGUCCUUUGGGCGAGCCGUGCCAGAGGCCCCGGUGGGGCGAGCGACCCUGCAGGAGGUGGUGGGCCUCCGGUCUGACCUGGCUGUGGAGGCCGGAGCGCCCUAUGCUGAGCGGCUGGCUGCAGGGGAGCUGCGGCUGGGCAAGGAAGGGGCUGACAGGUACCGCAUGGUCGUGGGGGGUGCCCAGGCGGGGGACGCAGGCACCUACCAUUGCACUGCCACCGAGUGGAUUCAGGACCCUGAUGGCAGCUGGGCCCAGAUCGCAGAGAAGAGGGCCGUGCUGGCCCACGUGGACGUGCAGACGCUGUCCAGCCAGCUGGCAGUGGCAGUGGGGCCCGGUGAGCGUCGGAUCGGCCCCGGGGAACCCCUGGAACUGCUGUGCAACGUGUCAGGGGCGCUGCCCCCGGCAGGCCGUCACGCUGCAUACUCUGUGGGUUGGGAGAUGGCACCUGCAGGGGCACCUGGGCCCGGCCGCCUUGUAGCCCAGUUGGACACAGAGGGUGUGGGCAGCCUGGGCCCUGGCUACGAGGGCCGGCACAUCGCCAUGGAGAAGGUGGCGUCCAGAACCUACCGGCUACGGCUGGAGGCUGCCAGGCCUGGUGACGCGGGCACCUACCGCUGCCUCGCCAAAGCCUACGUCCGGGGCUCUGGGACCCGGCUUCGUGAAGCAGCCAGCGCCCGCUCCCGGCCCCUCCCCGUGCACGUGCGGGAGGAAGGUGUGGUGCUGGAGGCUGUGGCGUGGCUAGCAGGCGGCGCUGUGUACCGGGGGGAGACCGCUUCCCUGCUGUGCAACAUCUCCGUGCGGGGCGGCCCCCCCGGGCUGCGGCUGGCUGCCAGCUGGUGGGUGGAACGACCUGAGGACGGGGAGCUGAGCUUAGCCCCUGCCCAGCUGGUGGGUGGCGUGGGCCAGGACGGUGUAGCAGAGCUGGGGGACCGGCCCGGAGGAGGCCCUGUCAGCGUGGAGCUGGUGGGGCCCCGAAGCCAUCGGCUGCGACUACACAGCUUGGGGCCCGAGGACGAAGGCGUGUACCACUGCGCCCCCAGUGCCUGGGUGCAGCACGCCGACUACAGCUGGUACCAGGCGGGCAGUGCCCGCUCGGGGCCUGUCACGGUCUACCCCUACACGCAUGUCUGGAAGAUCCAGCUUUCAGCGUGUCCGCCCAGGUCUUCCAUGGAGGGUGCUGCGGGCAGGCAGUGGGCAGGGAAGGGGUGUCUGCGAGUGGGGGAGGGGAACUUGCUGGGGAAAGUCCUGGAGACAAGGGUGACGGGGCGGAGGGUGAUGGCACCACUGACCACAGCCAUCUUCUCUCACCCAGCCCUGGACACCCUACUUGUGCCCCUGCUGGUGGGUGCAGGGGUGGCCCUUGUCACCGGCGCCACCGUCCUUGGCACCAUCACCUGCUGCUUCAUGAGGAGGCUGCGAAAACGGUGAUCUUCACUUCCCAGGUCUUGCAGGUGUCGACUGUCUUCAGCCUAGCUCCACGUUCUCCUCUGGUUGCCCGGAUACCCGCUCCCUCUGUCCAACUUCCUUUAAUUUAUUUGACCUCCCUCCACCCAGAGUGGGAGUCAUGGCCCCCGUUCCCCACUCCUUCCCUCCCCCAUUCCUCCCGCUGGCCUUCUGUCUCGAUCACAUACCCAUCCUACAGGGAGGCCAUUCCCUGUCCUGGAAUUAGUUUUUCUAAAAUGUGAAUAAACUUGUUUUAUAAAAUCCA